GCGUAAAACUUCAUCAACAGCCGCCAUUUUGUGCGAUUUUGACCAUCAAAAUUUCCACUUUUUACCAUCUUUUCUACUUCUAACGGUUUGUCGGGAUCACGAUUUGGCGUUCAAGGUUUUAGAUGAAGUUAUGGCGAGUUAAGCUAACACCUGAAUGGAAUUUUUGAAGCUACCUGUGAGCUACACGGAUGAUAUUUCAAUCGAGGGAAUAUCGGCUUUGUGCUUCGAAAAUGGUGGAGUAAACUUUGAGCAUCACUUGGUUCAAAAAAUCUCCGAAGAUGGGUACAGACAGGUUCUCUACUUACUUGGAUUAUCACGAUAAUUUAAAGAACAAGUUCUGUUUGGAAUCCUUUGGGAAAGGGGUGUUAUUGUGAUCAACUAGUUACCUCAAUAAGAGUGUGAAUGUUUGCGGAUUUAUCGAAAAGUGCCGUCGACAUAUCUUCAAUACACAACAUGGCCGACCAACUCGUGGACGGGCCUCCAACUAAGAGACAAAAAUUAGGGCAUUCUCCGACCCUAACAACGCCGGAUAAUGCAGACUUGGGGAAGUUUCAUCUGAUGGAACUCCUCCCAGAUGAGUUGAUGGGAGGAGGUGGCACGGAUGGAAACCAGAAUGGUUCGGCUGAUCAUCCGCAUCAACAGUCGCAGAUUGACAGCUCGACUCAGAACCAUCAUCCAGGGCUAUCUCAGUUGUUAUCCAGUGUAUCAACUCCUUCCAGUAUCGCUAAUUCACAUGUGUUAUCAGGAUCACAGACUAUGCCGUCUCAACUGAGCCCGGCGGUAGUGAAUAGUUUGAAUAACGCUGUAAAAAGUCCAAUGACAAUGACAAAUAAUUCAUCACCUUCAAAUAUCACAAACAAAACUUCAAUAUCGCUAAGCAAUGACUUGAAUAGUUUAAAUAGUGUUUCCCUUGGGAGUUUAGUAAGUAGUACGAAUUGCACUACGAGUUCUCAAAUGGGAGGCAUGACAGUGUAUAGUAGGGGACAAACAUUGAAUACAAGUUCACCAGGGAUGCAGCAAAUAGCUAACGGACCAUUGCCUAGUGUGGGUAACCGACAAACAGUGGGAAUUCCUGUGUCGACCACUGGCAUGACCGGUAUGUCACAAGGCAGUAUGUUAGUGAAUUCUUUAGGAUCACCGCAGAUGGGUCCCCCGAAUAUGACGGCAGGACAGGGACAGCAAACACAACUCAUUAAGGCGCAAGGUCAGGCUGGGCUGAAUCAGCAACCUGCCGCCGAUCCCGAGAAGCGGAAGCUUAUACAGCAACAAUUGGUGCUCUUGCUGCAUGCACACAAGUGUCAGCGACGGGAGCAAGCCAACGGAGAAACCCCUAGAUGCUCAUUGCCACACUGCCGAACAAUGAAAAAUGUACUCAACCACAUGACCACAUGUAAUGCAGGCAAAUCCUGUCCAGUUGCUCACUGUGCUUCGUCUCGACAAAUAAUAUCACAUUGGAAGAAUUGUACGCGGAAUGACUGCCCGGUUUGUUUACCGCUCAAGCAUGCAUCGGAUCGGCGGAAUUCUGCGGUGAUGCAACUUCUUUUUUCAGGAGGACUGCAGCCCCAGGCUGCACAACCUCGAGUUGGUAAUCAGGCGCCACCAGCCGGUCCAGCACCCAUCGAUAUCCAGAGAGCAUAUCAAGCGUUAGGCUUGCCACCGACUGGCUUACCCGUGGCAUCAGGAGGAGGCACAGCUGGCACCAAUGCGGGCGCUGUCAGUGUCGGAGGAGCUGGAAAUGGCAAUAGUGGCCCUGCCGUUAACCCUGCGUCUUUAAAUGUUCUCUCACCAGGAGGUAUAGGUCAGGUAAAUAGUAGUGGACUAAUUUCACCGCCUAUGAACCCACCUAAUCAAAAUCCACAGCAAUUAUUACCGCCUCAAAGUCCUGUGCAGCAAAUACAGCCGGUGAGACCACCGUCAGGAUUAGGUAACCGGUUGCCUCCAAAUCUUGGUGAUAUAGGGAAUCGUCUGCCAGCUGACUUAGGCUUAGGUAACAUAAUGCCGUCUGAUGGCCAGAAUAUUGCACAGACCAAUCGGGGCACGAAAGAGUGGCACCAGCAUGUGACUCAGGAUCUGCGGAACCACUUAGUGCACAAAUUAGUUCAGGCAAUAUUUCCUACUCCUGAUCGCACAGCAUUUAAGGACAAGAGAAUGAAUAAUCUAGUCGCGUACGCUCGUAAGGUGGAAGGGGACAUGUAUAAUACUGCAAAUAGUAGGGAGGAGUAUUAUCACCUGCUGGCGGAAAAAAUUUACAAAAUUCAAAAGGAGCUUGAAGAGAAACGGAUGAAUCGACUCAAGGAACAACAAAAAGGAGGGACAGGGGGUCUUCCUGGUCCGGGUGGCCAACCUGUGCGGCCUAUCUCUUCAAAUGGACCAUUACCGUUACUGCCAUCGCCAAACCCCCGGUUACCCACGCCAAAUCUGACAGCGCCAAGCGAUCCAUACGCUCUCAUACCAUCGACUCCCCUAAGUGCUCCGUUGCAACGGCCAUCAUUAUCAGGACCUAAUUCUGUUGGCCCUCGGACUGCUUCACCGCCAAACCUGGCUGGUCUUGUUCCACCAAAUCCAAACCCAACAAGUCAAAGUGCUGCAUUGAAAGAGUCACAGCAACAAUUCCAGGAGGCUUUGAAACGGAUGGAGCAACAACAAUCGCAGCACCUGCCUCAAAAGGGAGCCACGCCGGUGUCGCAAAAAGGUGGCCCUCUGACACCACAACAGCCACCUACACCACAAAAACAAAUGCCACAAUCGAACCAAUCACAGCAACAGUCGGGAGGCAAACAUCUUCCCAACCAGAAAUCGCCUGGUGGGAUGCAACAGUUAACGCCGCAGCCAAACCAACAGCAUGAGAUGUCGCAGCCUCCGGCAUCUGUCACGCCAACGUCGCAACAUUCAUCGAUGGAUAUUGCUGGCAAAGACAUGAAGGAUAUGAAAGAUAUCAAGCAUGAAAUAAAAACCGAACCUCGGCUGACGCCUUUGUCUUCUGGUGGGAAAGGUUCAGGGAAAUCAGAGCCGACGUCGGUGUCGUCGGAAAAGAAAGAGAUCAAACAAGAAAUGGACACGUCUUCUGUGAAGGAGGAGUCUUUGUCUCCUCAGUCGACGACGAGUACUGGGAAAGGUGAAAAUGGAAGUGGUGAUAUGAAACUCCCUUCAAACGGUGCCUUGACUCCCAAACUUGAGAAGGAUGCCCCGAGACAGAAGAAAAUUUUCAAGCCUGAUGAACUACGGCAAGCUCUCAUGCCAACACUUGAGAAGCUGUAUAAACAAGACCCAGAGUCUCUACCCUUCCGACAGCCGGUCGAUCCUCUAUUGUUACAAAUUCCAGAUUACUUUGAAAUAGUCAAGAAACCGAUGGACUUGGCUUCAAUCAAACGCAAACUGGACACGGGACAUUACAAAGAUCCCUGGGAGUAUGUGGAUGAUGUGUGGCUCAUGUUCGACAACGCUUGGUUAUAUAAUAGAAAAACGUCUCGAGUUUACAAGUAUUGUACAAAGCUUGCCGAGGUGUUUGAGGGUGAAAUAGACAGUGUGAUGCAAUCAUUAGGCUACUGCUGCGGGAGGAAGUACGUGUUCCACCCCCAGGUUCUCUGUUGUUAUGGCAAACAGUUGUGUACGAUACCGAGAGAUGCAAUGUACUACACUUAUCAGAACAGUUCAAGGGGCCACGGUCUUCUCGCUGACAGGUACGUCUACUGUGAGAAGUGCUUCAACGACAUCCAUGGGGACGAGGUGGAGCUGUCCGAUGACCCAACGCAACCUGUGACUCGAAUAAAGAAAGAUCAAUUCGUCAAAGCGCGAAAUGAUCACCUUGAGGCAGAACCGUUCGUUGAAUGUUUGGAGUGUGGUAGGAAGCUGCAUCAAAUCUGUGCUUUACACUUUGAGCCGAUUUGGCCGCAAGGCUUCACAUGUGAUAAUUGUCUCAAGGCAAAGGGACUGAAGAGGAAGGAAAAUAAAUAUGGUGCAAAACGACUUCCGUCGACGAAGUUGGGUACAUACUUAGAAAAUAGGGUGAAUUCAUUCUUGAAGAAGAAAGACAGUGGUGCUGGAGAUGUCACGAUACGCGUGUUAUCGUGUACGGACAAAGACGUCGAGGUGAAGUCGGGCAUGAAGGCGCGGUAUGUGGACACGAACGAGAUGUGUGCUUCAUUUCCGUACCGGUCGAAAGCCAUGUUUGCCUUCGAAGAGAUCAACGGUGUGGAUGUUUGUUUCUUUGGUAUGCAUGUACAAGAAUAUGGAUCAUAUGUGAAACAUCCAAAUACAAAGCGUGUGUAUAUAUCAUAUUUGGACAGCGUCCACUUCUUCCAGCCAAGGCAUUUUAGAACAGCUGUAUAUCAUGAAAUCCUUAUAGGUUACCUUGAGUAUGCCAAACAGCUAGGUUAUACUAUGGCACAUAUCUGGGCCUGUCCUCCAAGUGAAGGUGACGACUACAUAUUUCACUGCCAUCCACCGGAACAGAAAAUUCCUAAGCCCAAACGGUUGCAGGACUGGUACAAGAAAAUGUUGGACAAAGCCAUAAUAGAGCGGGUCGUCAUUGAUUACAAGGACAUCUUAAAAGAUGCCAUCGAUAACAACCUGACAAGUCCCGCCGAGCUGCCGUACUUCGAGGGUGACUUCUGGCCAAACGUGCUCGAGGAGAGCAUCAAAGAGCUCGAACAAGAGGAGGAAGAGAAACGCAAACGGGAGGAGGCAGAGGCUGCUGCUGCUGCUGCUGUGGCUGAGGACAGUAUGGAGGUGGCUGACGUGGAAGAAGGCCCUGAUGGUGUCAAAGGCAAAAAGAAGGGCCAGAAAAGUGGUCGCAAUAAAAAGUCCAAUAAAAAGAACAGCAACCAGAAGAAAAAUAGUAAAAAGCCCAACUUUCCACCUGGCGGGAAUGAUCUGUUGACCAAGUUAUACAUGACCAUGGAAAAACACAAGGAGGUGUUCUUUGUGAUCCGUCUUCAUUCUGCUCAGACCGCUGCCAAUAUCCCAGCAAUCCAGGAUCCAGAUCCGUAUGUCAGCUGUGAGCUGAUGGACGGCCGCGACGCCUUCCUCACUAUCGCCCGUGAUAAACACUAUGAGUUCUCAUCGUUACGACGUGCCAUGUUCUCUACGAUGGCACUGCUUUAUGAACUGCACAACCAAGGCCGGGGUGACUUUGUCUACACAUGCAACAGCUGCAAAGCCCAUGUUGAGACACGAUACCACUGUACUGUUUGUGAAGACUUUGAUCUCUGCGUACCUUGUUACGAGAAGGAGUCACAUCACCACAAGAUGGAACGACUCGGCUUCGACUUGGACGACGGCUCCGUCUCCGAGGAUAAACAGCAAAACCCACAGGAAUCUCGACGAUUAUCUAUUCAACGGUGCAUCCAAUCACUCGUGCACGCCUGCCAAUGUCGGGAUGCUAACUGUCGUCUGCCGAGCUGUCAAAAGAUGAAACGCGUCGUUGCUCAUACAAAGAGUUGUAAACGGAAAACGAACGGUGGCUGCCCGAUUUGUAAGCAGUUGAUCGCACUGUGCUGUUACCACGCCAAACAUUGCCAAGAGACAAAGUGUCCUGUGCCAUUCUGUCUUAACAUCAAACAUAAACUACGCCAGCAACAGCUUCAGCAGCGGUUGCAGCAAGCGCAAAUGCUCCGCAGACGUAUGGCUGCUAUGCAGCAAAGAGGGGCAAGCGUGCCGAACUCUGGGGCGUCAACGCCUACACCUGUGCAAAACUCUGUGCCACCUGUUCAACCGCCUCAACCUCCUGCUGCUAGUAAACCACAGCCGCAGUUUGUCGGCAAAAAGCCAACGCCACCUCAAGGUGCAUUACAGGCAGCACAGCAAGCUCAAAUGGCAGCUCAAAGACAAGCAUCAUAUAGUAAACCGCAGGCUCAGGCAACCAUGCCUCCACCACCACAGCAGAUUCAGGUGCCCACUCCCAACCCGAUUAAUCAAAUGCAGUUACCGAACCCAAAUCGCGUUGGAGGAGGAGGAGGAGGGGGAGGAGUGUUACCGUCUUUACAACGGUGGCAGGAGAUGUCAAGGAAUGAUAUGUUUCCAUCUAACCAGCCAGGCAUUCAGGCGAAACCCAUGCCUCAACAGGUGCCAUCUCAACCACCCCAGCCACAGCGCCAGAUUGGUCCCAACCAGGGUAUGCUGCAACAACCACCACAGCAGAAUAUGAACGUGAAUCCUGGCAUGAACCCCCCACAGCGUCCUGCACAGCAUCAAGCAUCAUUCCAACAACUGCUGCAGAAUCUUAAAUCGCCAACGUCUCCACAGCAGCAGCAACAAGCUCUCAACUUCAUCAAGUCGAACCCUCAGCUGAUGGCGGCGAUCAUCCGGUACCGAACACAACAUCAGCAGCAGAUGCAGAAGCAGCAGCAGAUGCAGGGAACGCAGGCUGGUGCUGCUCCCAUGCAGGGACAACCAUCCAUGCAGUCUCAGGCUGGACCUCCGAUGCAAGGACAACAACCCAUGCAGAUCCCGGGCCAACAGUUGCAACAACAGCAAUUACAGCAACAGCUUGCUGCACCUCAACAACUGCCACCACAACAACAGCUGCAACAACAGCAACAACAACAACAAUGGCAACAGCGCAUCCAACAGGUGCUGCAACAGAGACAACAGCAGCAGCAGCAGCAGCAGCAGCAGCAGCAGCAGCAGCAGCAAGGACAGCAGGCAUCGCAGUUCCAGCAACCUCAAGCUCCACCCUAUUCACAGCCACAACGAAACCAGCUCAACUUCCCCCAGCAAUCUUUCCAAGGCGACGGCCAACUCCAGUUUCAGCAGCAACAGCAGAUGAUCCAGGUUCGGCAGCAGCAAGUGCAGUUAAAACACCAAAUGGUGGGACAGCAGCCUGUUAGUCCGCAACAACAGAUGAUGGGUCAACAGCCCAUUCCAUCACCACAACAUAUUAUGCAGCAAGUACGAUCUCCACCUACCUCUCUUGGGCAAGCGGUGCGGUCACCGCAACCGACACCGUCACCACGGCAACAGCCAACGCCGCAACCUGUCCCGUCGCCAAGACAUUCGCAACCUUCGCCGCAUCAUAUUACUCAAUCGCAUUCCCCACAUCCCCAUGCAGGUGGCGUACCUGCCGACCAAAUGAACUCUGAUCAGGUGAUGCUUCCUCAGCUACAAGGCCAACAAGGCCAGGUGGUGAAUCAGUUGCAGAGUCCGAUGAACACAGACUUGGGGCGGCCGACAGAACCGCCAGAGGUUGCUCCUCUAACGCCACAGGACCAACUCUCACGGUUCGUGGAGACUUUAUAGUGAUGGCACAGACUGAAUAUAGUGUAUAAAUUAUAAAUAUAUAGAGAUUGGGCCUUUAUAAUAUAAGAUUGUGUUUUUCAGAACAAAUUCUAUAAGAUUUUUUUGAGAGGAAAUCGAGUAUGUUUUUAUUAAUAAUCUUUUAUUUUAUAAAAGCUGGCUAGAGUACGUCAUCUAGAAAAGGAAUGUCACUUACUUGGUAAAUAAUAUAUAUAAGACAAAACAUGAUGAACUUUUCUAGACUAUGAUUAAUUGUAUAGCUAUUGCAUUAUAAGACAGAUUUGUAUAGUUAGUUACCAUGGUUACAUUGUCAUGUCAAUCAUCCUGUGCAUAUUCGACGCGUCAUUUGGUCAAAUAUUCAUUUUCAUCAUCGGUUAGAUUUUAGCCUUUAGGAGAUUAGCAAUUUUAAUUUCAGAUGUCUCGUUGUGAGAGUCCAUGAACUAUUCCAUGCCAAUGUGCAUGUAUAGAAGUAUGUGACUGUGAAGUAUGUGUGAAGUCAUGAGCGCUUCUCCGGCUCAAAAUCAUUACAUAUACUUGUAAUUCCAUGCAUCUGAGUCCUGUUGAAUCAAGAAUUGUACAGAGCGCACAUUAUGUUUCCUACGUAUCAUAAUCUAUUUGAAUAAAUGUGUGCACUUUUCCAAUUUUAAAGAAAA